AGAUUUAGUGACAACAUGCAUCUGAUGUGUCUCCCCUUAUUGGUCCUGAUGCUCCUCUGCUGCUCCGCAAUGGAGGAGCCCAAGAGCAAGUCCAAGGUUUGUGCCAAUGUUUUCUGUGGUGCAGGGAGGGAGUGCGCCGUGACGGAGAAGGGAGACCCCACCUGUCUGUGUAUUGAGAAAUGUAAAUCACACAAAAGACCAGUUUGUGGAAGUAACGGCAAAACCUACCUGAACCACUGUGAGUUGCACCGCGAUGCAUGUCUGACCGGAUCUAAGAUCCAAGUUGACUACGAUGGGCACUGCAAGGAGAAGACAUCAGACACCCCCGCGGCCGUUCCAGUUGCCUGUUACCAGUCAGACAGGGAUGAGAUGCGCCGGCGAGUGAUCCACUGGCUCCAGACUGAGAUUAUUCCCGACGGCUGGUUCUCUAAGGGCAGCGACUACAGCGAGAUCCUCGACAGGUACUUCAAGAAAUAUGAUGAUGGCGACUCCCAGUUGGAUUCUGCUGAGCUGCAGAGCUUCUUGGAGCAGAGCCAGAGCACCAACAUCAGCACAUACAAGAACGAGGAGACCAACCGCAUGCUCAAGAGUCUGUGUGUUGAGGCUCUCAUUGAACUGUCUGAUGAAAAUGCCGACUGGAAACUGAACAAAAACGAGUUUCUCACAUGCCUGAACCCCGACUUCCAACCACCUGAGAAAAAGUGUGCACUGGAGGAUGAGACUUAUGAGGAUGGAGCUGAGACCCAAGUCCAAUGUAAUCGCUGCGCUUGUGCCUGUGGCAACUGGGUGUGCACCGCCAUGGCCUGUGAAGGGAAGGAGGGGGAUGAAGCAGAAGACAUGGGCAGAUACGUGGAGGAGAUCAAGAAGCAACAGGAGACAAUUGAAAACUCCAAGAGCAGCAGCAGCAGCAAAGAUGCGUAAAGCCAAGAGGAAGAUUCCAUUUGCUGCCAGGGGCCGCCCAGGGGCCGCAGCAACAGCAGGAUUUAUAUUAAUAUGCAUCAAAGACAAAUAAUUCUGAUUUUAGGGCAUAGGUGCAACAAGAGGGGAGGAGGGGCUUGUGGGGAGUUUUCCCUGAACCAAAAAUCAUGAUGUCACUUCCCUGUGUAGAUUGUGGGCCCCCCCCCUGUGUACGGUUCUGGUGCAAUAAUGCACUCAUCUCGUGUUACUGGGGGUCUCUCUAGUCAGGGGCCCUGUACCUUUAAAUUCCAGUGCAUUGAGAGUCAAAUCUCUCGUCUUGUGGCCCUACCCCAGUCUUGCCGAGUGCCUUAUUGCCUGUGAGUAGCACCUUUAUAUUGAUCAGAGCAAAUAGUGUCCCCGUCCCAAAUACUUUCACUAUUAAAUUACCCCCCCCCAGAGAAUGGGGUACGGCACACAGGUAGCCAGCGACUAUUUGAUUGUCCGACCACCUCCCCCUGCGUUUGUUGUGGGACCAGUCCUGUAUGUGAAUUCUGGGCCCCACUAGGGAUUCUGGGCUUCUAACAGACCAUUGACUUGUAGUUGAACUAUGAACUGAUGCCCCCAGAAGUCUAAGUUUUUUGGGGUGUCGCUUGGUUUGGAGCUAAAAGGACCACAGUUACCCACUUUGUAAGCCCCACCCCCAAGGAACAUGUUACGGUGCUAUAAGUUCAGAACACAGUCAAGCCCAGAUUGUAGCUUUCUCUUUAUACUUUGCCUUCCUGGUUGUAUUUCCAUGUGUGUUUUAUAUUAUUUCCCAACCUCCACGGCCACUUGUCCUUUAAGGGCUACUGCACACGGGGGGGGGGGGUUAUCUGUAGGAUCAUGUAGUGUGGCUGCCUGUGGCCCAUCUUACUAUGGAGAGGAAAUGGUUAAGAAAAGUAUCUGGGAAAGUAAAUCUGUCCAAGAGGGAGGAGUCUAAAGGUUCUGCCCAUGAGGAACUUCUAUUUUUCUUUAUUUCAGAGGGAAUUUGUAUAAUCGGUGCUGAGUUUGUGCCCACGGGGGGGGGUACAGUAUAGAGUUUAGGCAGUGAAAUUACUUGAAAUAAAUGUUGGCAGAUAUAUCAGGGUGCAUUGCACUGGGGGGUCAGUAACAGGUACAGAUCCAAUUUGUGUGUGUGGAGGGGGCACAAACUGUAGUUAAAUCCCCUCAGACAAUAAUUGGCGCCCCCCAGUGCAAUUGAGCCCCCCAGCUGUGUGAUACAAGUGCCGCCUGAUUCACUCAUUAAAUGCUGUGCACCAGGCUCCUCCUUCUCGGGGAGGGGCUUGCGCCCAUUGUACCCCAUUUCCCCCUUCUCAAUAUUCAGAGCUUCCUUUCCUGCGUAUAUUUCACUGCCAUAUUUGUUUUUAUAUUUGUAUAUUGUUUUUUUAUUCUAUAACGACCAAAUAAAUUAAUUAAAUGACUCAUGCGAUGUCACUGUC